UUGACACGGUGCGGUGAUGUUAAUGAAUUUUUCUUCCUGGGCGUAUUAAAUGCUAGGCUUACCUUCUCCCGAACCAGUAUCAGGAAGGCUGUCGUAUCUACAGGUUGAAUUUCAAUUUAGUGGUGCAUUAUGUUUCGGAUCAUAACGGCAGCUCGUUUUCUGUUGUCGCUUUUGGCUCUGAUCCAGUUAUGUCGUAAAGGCGAAGCAUGGAAGUGCAGUAACUGUGAAGUUCCAUAUAAGGCUCGUGGUUGCUAUGGAGACAGCCCAUCACGCGUAUUUAAAGUACAAGUCGUUAACGAGCGAGACCCCUCAAGUAAAGUCUAUGGAGGCCGUAGGAUUGAUUGGAGAAACUGGAAUAGUUACAUAGAGGGUUUUGCUUGUAGAUGCGCUAAACUUGUCAAGGCAAGAGGAUGGACUGUGUUUGGUUUGCAGUUUUAUGGGGAAUGCUGGAGUGGACCUGAAGGUUCUUAUGACCUGGAGAGUAUGACGCCGAAUUCGACCUGUAUCUCAAAUGACUAUAACGAGUGUGGCAAGUUAGACAGACACUGUGUUGGAGAACAAUGGACUAACUUUGUGUUUGAACUUGAAUCCGACUGUGACUUAGAUUUUGAGAGGAUCGGCUGCUUCAAAGACAAAAAGCAGACUCCGCGCCCUCUGCCUGAGUAUCUAAUGACAGACAGAGAGCGCAGACUAAAGAUUUACAGUGGACAGUCUAUAGAUUGGAGGAACUGGGAUGUUUAUAUGCCAAAAUUUGUCUGUCGCUGCGCAAAGUUAGCUAAAGAGAAAAACCACAAUACGUUUGGAGUACAGUAUUAUGGAGAAUGCUGGAGUGGUCCCGGCUCAGAAAAAACAUAUAAUAAGCUGGGCGUGUCGAAAAAUUGUCAAGACAAGUGUUUUGAGAAAUGCAAGCCCUUCGAAAAGUAUUGCGCAGGGAAAAACUUUGCCAAUGCAGUCUAUCGCCUUUCAGAUGCCGGGUGCGAGAUAUCAUAUGAAGCUGUUGGUUGUUAUGGUGAAGUCUCGUCCAAUCGUGCUUUCACUAAAGAACUUGUGAAUGAGGUGAAGCCCUUUAGUCGGGCAUUUAACGGAGUAAUCAUGGAAUUUGGGAACACCUGGGAGGAGGGUUUCAAGAAAUUCCUAUGCAGAUGUGCGAGGGCAGCUCAGCUUAAACAGUACACCAUGUUUGGUGUUCACGAACAUGGAGAAUGUUGGAGUGCCAGCGAUGCUGAUAAAAACUACGACAAGUAUGGCGCAUCCGACCAGUGUUUCCAGAACCUCAACCAAACUUGUACCGAGGGCUCCAGCUCCUGCGCCGGGGGCACAAAUGCCAAUUUUGUGUACAGGAUUGUCUUGUCAUAA